GCACCAUGAUGGCGCCCGAUAUCAACAAUGAUGGUGUUUCUUCGUGCGGCUGUAAAGGCAUCCGACGAUGUCUCAUUUGUGAAAAGUUCAAAGGGAAAACUCAGACAGAGACAAUGGAGCUGGAGAAGACUGUGCACCAUUUUCUCUAUGAUGCUGAAACAAAACUCGCUGUCUGCAAAGAUGGAGAAGGUGCAUCUUUUCCUUUUCCCGGUGUCUUCUUGUGGGAGAACUUCAUAUCUGAGGAAGAGGAGAAGGAGCUGAUCUGCUCCAUGGACCAGGAUGUUUGGAAUCCGUCACAGUCUGGUCGAAGGAAACAGGACUAUGGUCCAAAGGUGAACUUCAAGAAAAAGAAAGUGCGUCUGGCAGACUUCAAAGGGCUCCCGGCUUUGAGCCAGAAACUGGUGCUGCGAAUGCAACAGGACCCAAACCUGCAGGGCUUCCAACCAGUGGAGCAGUGCAACCUGGACUACCACCCUCAGCGAGGCUCCGCCAUUGAUCCGCACCUCGACGACUCUUGGCUGUGGGGGGAAAGGCUUGUCACAGUCAACAUGCUCUCAGAGACCGUGCUCACCAUGUCUCUGGAAGAGGACCUGCCAGAGCGCGGGCUGGUGGGGGUGAUCCGCGUGGCCGUACGGCUUCCCAGGAGGUGUUUGGUGGUGCUGUAUGGGGAGGCAAGGCACAGAUGGAAACAUGCCAUUCACAGAGAGGACAUUCAGGAGCGCAGAGUCUGCAGCACCUACAGAGAGCUGUCUGCAGAGUUCCUGCCUGCAGGGCGGCAGGCGGACCUGGGAGCCAAGCUGCUCAAUAUGGCUUUGACAUUCAGAGGAACUCCUGUAUAAACUCAUCAGACAUCUUAACUGUCCUUGACUGAAGUGAAUGCUUGUAGUGUUUUUCACAACCAUUUACCAAAACAAGGCAAAACAGCUCUAAUAUGCCAAAGACUUGUGAAGCAGUGUUUUAUGUUUUUUUUUCUAAUUUAAACUUUCACAACGGUUUAUCCCAAUCUUUGUGUCUGUAUUCUGAAAAUAAAGUACUUUCUUUCUGUU